CUUUGUCUGGUCAGUUUAGUUUACCUUAAUUAUAUCCCUCAAAACUUGUGCUCAUUUCAUUUCAAACCAACAUGGCUUCUAACGAUCACCUCAUAGCUCAGAUCAUGCAACUUCAUGCAAGCAUCUCCAAGCUUGAAUCUCUCAAACCUUGCAAGCAAGUCAAUAGUCUCUUCACACACCUAGUGAAACUAUGCACCCUCCCUUCAUCCAUUGACAUCGAGUCCUUGCCCCAAGAGGUGCAACACAUGCGUGAGAGCCUCAUCAACCUUUGUGGCGACGCUGAAACCCUCUUGGAGCUCGAAUUCUCAUCUUUCCUAAUCCUCACACCCGAGCCAAUGAAGAACGUGACCCUCUUCCCCUACUAUGGAAACUACAUCAAACUAGCACACUUGGAGAACAAAAUCCUCAAGGAAAACGGGGUGGUGAACCCAAAGAAAGUGGCGUUUGUAGGGUCAGGUCCAAUGCCACUAACUUCCAUCAUAAUGGCCACACACCACAUGCAUUCCACGCACUUUGACAACUUCGAUGUUGAUCACAAGGCCAAUGAGGUGGCACGCAAGAUCGUGGCUUCUGAUGUGGCACUUGAGAAGAGGAUGAAGUUUGUGACGCAAGACAUCGUGGACGUGAGAGAGAGGCUAGGGCAAUAUGAUUGCAUCUUUUUGGCAGCACUUGUGGGAAUGAGAAAAGAAGAAAAAGUGAAGAUUCUAGGGCACAUGUGGAAGUACAUGAAGGAAGGAGGGUUUUUGCUUGUGAGAAGUGCAAAAGGGGCUAGGGCUUUCUUGUACCCUGUGAUUGAGGAACGUGACAUGGUGAAUUUUGAGGUUCUUGCCAUGUUUCACCCCACAGAUGAUAUCAUCAACUCGGUUGUUCUUCUUCGCAAGCCUAAAGCUUAAUUAAUUACCACCCAAGUUGUAGUUCUACUUCAGGAAGAUCAGUGCUAUGUAAUUUCUAUAUUCCAUUGUUGUUGU